UGUUCUCUUCUGACCCCUGUUCAGUGUGGGAGCACUCGGUGCCGUUGGGACAUCUCGACAUUUCAGGCAUCUGCUGUGGGAGCCGCUGCAGGAAAGAAACCCCAAACACAGCUGUCCUCGGAGCUGAGGGAUCAGUUUCCUCAUAUGAGCCUGUCUGCCAUGCUGGGGCGUUGACACUCUGGGGCACAGCUGUUUAAAAAUGGCAGAGAGAGGUGGGAAUGAAGAAGUGAUUAACUUGAGCAGCUUCAGCAAUCACAGAGGGAAAGACUGGAUGAACCACAGAGAUGAAAGUCUUAUCAUGAUAUCGGAUUCCUCAGAUGAAGAUUUGCCUUUGCUGCUGGAAUUGCCAGAAAAGCAGCAGACUGAGGAAGAUGAUGAUGAUGAUAUUGUCAUCUUAGCACAAACCUCAAAGUAUCAGCAGCCUCUACGUCCCAAUGUCAUCAGACCUGCUGCUCCAUGGCAGGGUGCAGACACUGUGGGAGAAGGAGGAUCUAAAAGUGCUGUGGAGCUUUUGAGCACAGACCUGCAGGAUGAGCAGGAUUCAGCUCUGCCCUGUGAGGGAGACGGGAAUAACCUCAUGGUGGAGAGCAAUGCUGGACCAAGCAGCAAUGAGAGUGUGGAUGUUGUCCUGCAGCAGCCUGGACCAUCUGAGCUGAAUGGUCCCAGCUCUGAACUUACAGGUAGCCAGGAGCCUGGCCCAAGUUUGCUGCCACUGAACAAGAUGAGUCCACAGCCUGCUGAUAACACAGAAACCAUUAGUCUGGAGAAUGCAGACCUUCCACCUCAGCAGGAAGAAAGGAUGGAAGCUCGGGAAUGGGCAGGAGAGAAUUUGGAGCCAGAGCAGAAACUUGAAGGAACAGCUGCUAAAACUACCAGAGAGCAGGAGGAGAUCCAGGAGAACAGCCAGCUGGAACCCCGGCGCUUCCCACCGCCGGAAGAUGAGCCACGAGCUGUAGUGAACAGUUGUGCUCCUCAGCAAGGGCAGCCAGAGGCAGACCCAGGAUCUUUGCGGGCAUAUGGAGAAAAGGCUCCUGGGCCAGCCUUCCCCCGGCCGGAGCCACAGCAGGAUGGGAUUCCAGGCCCUGCCUCCCCGCAGCCGGCACAUCCCCCCGAGGAAUCGGGGCAGCAGGCAGGGGGAGACAACGAGCAGCCAGGGCCUGCCUUCCCUGCACAGGGACUUGGCUCGGGGGACGUGCCAGAACAGGGAGCUGCUGGGCAGGAGCAGGACCUCACUGCACUGCUCAUCAGAGAGACAGAAGCAAGAUUCCCAGAUGUGAAGAAGGAAUAUAUUGAAGAAUUAAUCAUCAUCAAGAACUGCUAUGACUUAAAUGUGCUUUGUAACUUUCUUCUGGAAAAUCCAGAUUACCCAAAGAAGGAAGGCAGGGUGGUUUUAAACCCCAGCAGCAGCCUGCUUGCCAGCCAAGAUGAGACAAAGGUGCCUAAAGUGGACUACUUUGACUUUUCCAAGCUUGCCCCCCUUGACCAGCGGUGCUUUAUUCAGGCAGCUGAUCUCCUCAUGGCAGACUUCAAAAUGCUGAGCAGCCAGGACAUCAAGUGGGCACUGCACGAGCUCAAGGGACACUAUGCAAUCACACGAAAGGCCUUUUCAGAUGCUAUCAAAAAGUGGCAGGAGCUGUCUCCCGAAACCAGCGGGAAGCGAAAAAGGAGGAAAGAAAUGAAUCAAUAUUCAUAUAUAGACUUCAAAUUUGAGCAAGGGGAUGUGAAAAUUGAGAAGCGCAUGUUCUUCCUGGAGAAUAAGAGACGGCACUGGAGGUCCUAUGACAAGCUCUCCCUUCUCCCACCAGUGCUACUGGAGCAGGAAUUCUAUGAGCAGAAAGUGAAAGAGAUGGCAGAGCAUGCAGACUUCCUCCUGGCUCUGCAGAUGAAUGAGGAACAGUAUCAGAAGGACGGGCAGAUGAUUGAGUGCCGCUGCUGCUACGGGGAGUUUGCCUUCGAAGAGUUGACUCAGUGUGCAGAUGGUCACUUGUUCUGCAAGGAGUGCCUAAUUAAAUAUGCUCAGGAGGCAGUUUUUGGCUCUGGGAAGUCAGAGCUCAGCUGCAUGGAAGGCAGUUGCACGUGUUCCUUCCCCACCAGUGAGCUGGAGAAAGUGCUUCCAGAGAACAUCCUCUGCAAAUACUACGAGCGGAAGGCCGAGGAGGAGGUGGCUGCUGCCUGUGCAGAUGAGCUCGUCAGGUGUCCCUUCUGUAACUUCCCAGCUCUACUGGACAGCGAUGUGAAGCGGUUCAGCUGCCCCAAUCCCCGCUGCAGAAAGGAAACAUGUCGGAAGUGCCAGGGGCUGUGGAAGGAGCACAUGAAUCUCACCUGCGAGCAGCUGGCUGAGAAGGAUGACAUCAAGUACAGGACAUCCAUAGAGGAGAAGAUGACAGCUGCCCGGAUUAGGAAAUGCCACAAGUGUGGGACGGGCCUGAUUAAGUCGGAGGGCUGUAACCGCAUGUCGUGCCGCUGCGGCGCCCAGAUGUGCUACCUCUGCCGGGCUGCCAUCAACGGCUAUGACCACUUCUGCCAGCACCCCCGCUCUCCUGGGGCACCCUGCCAGGACUGUGCCAAGUGCUCCCUCUGGACAGACCCCACAGAAGAUGAUGAGAAGAUAAUUCAUGAGAUUCAGAAGGAGGCUGAAGAGGAGCAAAGGAAGAAGAAUGGGGAGAACAGCUUCAAACGCAUCGGCCCGCCCGUGGAGAAGCCCGUGGAGAAAAUCCAGAGAAUCGAAGUCAUCCCCAGGCCGGUUCCUCAGAACUUCCACCAGCCCCGGAUGCCCCCGUACCCCUUCGUGCACCCCCCGUUCCCUCUGCCCCCCGUGCGCCCCAUGUACAACAACAUCCCCCUCAACAUCGGCCCCAUCCCCGCUCCCUACGUGCCCCCCCUGCCCAACAUGAGGGUGAACUUUGACUUUCCCCAGAUCAAUGUGCAGCUGGAGCACAACCUGCCUAUGCACUUUGGCCCUCAGCCCCGGCACCGGUUCUGACCUGCCCCCACCUCCAGCACUUGGCAGAGUCACUUGGCAAAAGCCACCCCAGAACGUCACCCCCUCCCCACUCCAGCCCCUCUGGGGUUUAGCCAGCAGCCAGGGGACUCCGUGUCCCUGCACUGCACCCUCUCUAGGGCUUCUCCAAACCUUUGCAAUCCAGCAUUUCAACCUGUGCUGCAACAGGGUUUGGUGCUACAUUCUCAGGGGGCAGAAUUCCCCCCCUGAGCUGGGCAUCCAGAUGUUUUGUUUUGACAAAGCCAGUUCAGGCAGCUGUUGGGAGGAAAAGUGAGACUUUGUGGAACACAGGGAUACAGCCAUUCCUUGGGGAAUUUCCAAAAAUCCUGCCUUCCUGCUGGCCAGAGCAGCAAAGUGAGUCUUGAGGGAAGGGAGGAGACACUUGGCAUCCAAGGAAGCGUGAGACCUUCAGGAGUGAGGUAACAGGAGGCAGCUGCCCCAGCCUCUCCUGCCUGUGCUGAGGCUCAGGGCUGGGGUUCCUGUGUUCCCCAGCAUCCCUCCAUCUUGCUGGCACCUCCCAGCAGAAAUAAAUUGUUCAAAAGCAAGACAAUGUAGCAUUUUUUGUGUUCCUCACUCUCCAAGUAGAGCGAGGGGUUGGAGCAGCCUUGCCAUUGCUGAGGUCCUGGUAGGAAGCCCAGAGUCAUGUUCUGUUUGGGGGUGUUAGGAAGUGGCAGGAGAUUUGGGCACACAAGUUUUUGGCUGGACUGACCUUGCCCCCUUUGAGGGGGGGCAAUUUUUUUCCCCCAAAGGUGUGUGCCCCUCAGCUUCUGAAACGUGGCCUUUGCUUUGCUGUUCUCUAGCAUCCCAAACCUCCCCCAGCUUCUGGCAGCAGUGCACAGGCAGCUGCUGGAACCACCUGGAGCCAAAGCUGUGCCCUUUAUUGCAAAAACUGCCUGGGAAACACCCAGAUAGAUGUGUAGGCAGUGAUGUGUCCUGGGGUAGGAAAAUUGGGAAUUUUCCCCAUAGCUGCAGCGAGUUGGGAGCCCCCAUACAUAAAUCCUUACAACCCAAUGGGCAGCUGGAGCCUCGUGCUGCAGGAAGCUGACUGCUUCCACAGCACCAAAUAACUCAUGAAAAUGUGUGUGUCAGCUUAAUUUGCUUUGGGAAAGCGUGUUAAAAGUUAAACCUGAGUAUUGCUGGGCUUAGAAAGUGAGGGAAAAGCAAAACUUCCUUGUGAGAAGUGGGGGGUGCAGUGCUGGGCUGUGGGAGGAGGGUGGCACAAAGCCCUUUCUCCACAGCCCUUGGCUGUUCUGUCUGCUGCAGGCCCCAUCUAGAAAAGAAAACGGUUGGAGUGGUAAAAAAAUCCCUCUUCCCAGGAAUGUUGGGCUGGCUUUUAGCAGCCCAGUUGUUCUGUUGUUCUCCAAAUGUUUUGUUCUGGCCUUCAUCCUGUUCUGUCCUGCUGGGAACUCUCUGGGUGCAUUUCCCCUCCUGUCAUUUCCCCUGUAUUUCAGCAUCCAGGUGUUUUGUGGGUUUAUUUGUUCUUUCAGGUAAAAUUCCCUGUCUCCACCUCACAGCUUCUGCCAAAGCCCCACGUGCAGCAUUCCAGGAGCCCGGAUCCCCUCGGGUGUGCUCGGAGCGCUGGGCACGGGGUGUCGGUGGGAUGCUCCUGGUCAGGGGCCUGGGACAGCAUCUGGGGCCUGCUGUCCCCAGGAAGGUCUCCCAGACAGGAGGGAGGACUCCCAUGCCUUUUGGAGCUGAGUGUUUUUCCCGUUGCCUGUGGGGCAAACAUUCCCUGCAGAGCCCUCUGGCUCCUCUGUGCCAUGGCCUCUCGAGCAUUAAUAACCAACUGAUAUUCCCCUGCUGCUGGAAUUUUCUAUUUUGAAUUAGUUUAUUCCUGGCAGCAGUCUGGGGGCUGCAGGAGCUUUAUCACUUGCUGCUCAGCUGGGCUUUGACCAGGUUUAAAUCCUGCCUUGCCUCAACUGAUUCCUGCAGCAGCCAGGAGCAGGAAUCCUGUUGGAUUUGGGGAGGGAGGACUUUGUCAUAGCAGCUGCUGAGAAAACAGACCCCGGUCAGAAGAAGCAGUGGUGGCUUCCCUUAUGGAAAGGGAAUUCUGUUUGUUUAAUAGCUGAGAUUUUCUGGGCUCAAGGGCUGGUCUGGAUGAGCCCUCCAGGCUCUCUCCAAGGCAUUUGCCUUUCCUGGUGGGUGCAGGAAGCAUCAGGCAGUGGAGGGGAGGCACAGCUCAGCUGCUGAACCAGUGGCCCAGGCUAUGAAGGAAAUGGGAUGGUCAUCCAGCAAAAAGUGGUGUUGCAGUCCUAUCUGUGUGUGUGUCCAGGGAUGUGUGGGCAUGGAGAACAGAGCUGAGGCAGAGGGAGGUGUGGAUGUGGAGCAGAGGGGCUGGAGAAGUGUCAGCAGAGGUGGCAAGGAGAGGUUGUGGCUGUGAUCCAUCGGGGUCACUGCUGCCCUGGCACAGAGUCAUGGUCCUGGGGGAGCCUGGAGGACACAGAGGGAAGAGAGGGUUCCCUGUGUCCCCUUCCAGAGCCAAGGGCUUAUUUGUGUCCAAGAGAGGAUAAAUCAGUAGCUGAUCUGUGAUGUGCAGGUACAGCAUGCCCAGCACUGCUCCUCUCCCCGAGGAAACACCCAUUGCACCAAAAACUCGCAGCCCAAGCAUGUGGCUGCUUCCCCUCUCUAACCCAGGAGAUCUCCAGUUGUUUCUGAAUCUCUGUUGAUUUAUUAAAAAAAAAAAA